CACCCCCCCCCUCCCCCCAAAAUCUCUCUCCCACUGCUCCUUCUCUCUCUCUCCUCUCCCCCCACCCAGCCACCCCUCGUUUCCCUUCCCCCCCUCGCCAGCUUCCUCGCAAAUCUCCCUCGCUCUCGCUUGCGACACGCACGCCCGCGCGCGUGAGGUGGACGCGGAAGCGGAGGAUUGGCCGAGGCGGAGGGCGAGGAGGCGGCGGCGAGGGAGAUGGCGGCGGGCGGUAGGGUUUCGAUCCCGGUGGGGGCGCGGCGUACGGUCGCGGACAUCAAGGAGAUCGCCGGCGGCCACACCGACGAGGAGGUCUACGCCAUGCUCCGCGAGUGCAACAUGGAUCCCAACGAGACCGCCCAGAGGCUCCUCCUCCAAGAUACCUUUCAUGAGGUGAAACGGAAGCGUGACAAGAAAAAGGAGGGUAGUAAAGAGCCAUUGGAUUCUCGGUGGAGACCUGCCCUGCAGGGACGAGGUGGAAAGAGUGGUCGAGGGAACUAUUCUUCGCGCAGUUUGUCCAGUUCUAAUGAUUCUGCUGGACGAAGUGCUAUUUCUGGAAAGGAGAAUGGAAUAAAUCAUAUCAUCGAAAAAGGUAGUAGUUCUACUCCAACAAUCAGUACAAAUAUGGAUGUUAAAGCUUUUACUUCCAUGCCAAGUUUGUCAAGUGGUCUUCCCAAUGGUCCAUCUCAAGCAGUUAAUCCUGCUACUGUGGUGGCAAGUUCUAGUGCUGCUGGUGAUAUGAUUAAGUCUGGUCCAACAGCCUCAGCUGAUUUGAAAGGUGGUGUUCGAUCUGAGGAUGUAGUUGCUACUCUUGGUCCAAAUGCACCACAACCAGUGAGACCAGCAUCAUCAUCAGAUUCUGUGGUUGUGCCUUCUCUUGAUUCUCACGCCCUUGCUGAUGUUGGUGCUUCCAGACAAGAUAUUGGAAGCAAUAAGACAUCAGUAGAACAUAAGGUGGGCCGUGAUGUACCGAUAGACAAUAAAGGCUCCUCCCAACAAUCUGUAUCAUCAUCCUUUGGACGAUCAUCUGGUAGUAGACCAUCUUCUAGCUACAGCAGUCGUUCACAACAGUCAUGUGGAUCCCAAAAAGUUAUUCCAAGUAAAGAGUGGAAGCCAAAACCGAUAAGCUCGGCUGCUUCCCAAGCACCCGAGAAUGUCACCAUACUUAAUGAUGUACCUUUGGCUGCCGACACUAUUCCCCAAUCAUCUGCAAUAUCAAAUUCAGUUGGCACAGAGGAGCUGUUGAAGGUGGACAAGAGCUUCAAUAGUCUGCAGUUACUAGAUAAGCAACACGUGAUAAUUCCAGAUCACCUUCAAGUUUCUGAGUCAGAAAAAUACGGCCUUAGCUUCGGAAGCUUCAAUGCUAGUUUUCAGCAGACUAUGGGCUCUUCUGAUCCUGAGUCUGCAAAGAGCUCUAUACCUAAAUACAAUUUGUCUCAUGAAUUGAAUGGCAGUGAUGAUGAGCCUCAACCCAAUCAAAGAGAUCAGAAUUCAUCCUCUCCUGUUCAAGAUGAAGCUGACCCUUUUCUCCAGCAACUACCUUCUGCAAAGAUAGAAAACCAUGCACCCUCAGCAGUGGAGAUUUCCUCUAUUGCCCCGACAGAAUCAGAUGAAUGUAGGGAUGAUUCAGCCACUUCAGAGGUUCCUCAAUCUACAGCAAUUUGUACCACACCAUGUUACAUGACAUAUGGAUUGGCACCACAAUCACAUGGGGAUCAGAUUGCGCUGAUAGAUAAGUCUGAAUCUCAGGUACAACCACCAAUUGAUUAUUCUACAAGUUAUUCUACGCAAUCGUACCAACCUGCAAAUGAUGCUGAUGAACGGCUGUCCCCUUUUCUUGCUGCUGAAGCAUCUCACAAAUAUCGGAAUAUUCCAGUUCAUCCUGCACAAACUGGCCAGGAUCAUGAGGAGAAUAACUCACCUGUGAUUGCUUCAUCUGUUUCUGCUUCGGUUGCUACCCCUGCUUCUGGAGUUCUGCCAACUUCCGUUGCUAUCCCUCAACAGUCUGUUCCUGUAUUUCGCCAGCCUUUGGGUGUUCAUAUACCACAUUUUCCGACAAAUUAUGUCCCAUACAAUCAGUACAUUUCACCAUUUUUUAUUCCACCCCCUACUCUUCACCCUUUUAUGGGCAAUGCUACAUUUCCUCCACCACCUUCAACUGGGGCCAUGUACCCAGCUCCUGGAAGCACAGGAAUUAUACCACCUGUCAAAUACACAGUCCCUGCAUUCAAGCCUGGUCCUAACACUGGGAGCCAGGCAUCUAUUGGAAUUCCUGGUGGCUAUGGAACAUAUGGUUCUAGUCCAGUUUACACUAAUAACACAACUGUGUCAUCUGGGAAUCUGGCAGAGAAUGAUGAUGUUACUUCAUCUCAGUUCAAGGAAAAUAGCAUCUAUAUUGCUGGGCUCCAGACUGAAGGCUCAGCUCUAUGGGUUCCUACGCCUGGACGUGAUAUUUCUGCUCUUCAGGCCAAUCCCUUCUAUGGUCUCCCCCCUCAGGGGCAGCAGGUAACUUUCGCGCCUCAAGCUGGUCCUUUCGGAGGGAUCUACCAUCCAGCGCACACCAUGGCAGGAGCUGCUGUUCAUCCGCUGCUCCAGCCAUCUCACACCAUGGCUGGAGCUGUAGAAAUAGUCGGGGCACCUGGCAGUGUUUACCAGCAUCCGCAAGCUCAGAUGAAUUGGGGAAGUUACUGAUAGGUUACUGCAUAUUGUUUCUUUGAGUAUCCAUAACGAUGCAUUUGGCUGGAAGGUCAAGUUUCAACAUAGAUGGACAUGAUCAGGAGUGUAUAUAUGUUCUCAGCAUGGCUGACCUGGAGGGGGGGAGGGUUGUGGCUUCCAGAAGCUUGCAUAUUGUUGUGGUUGUGGUUCUGUUUGUAGCAGAUACUGGCCAUGAAGUUUGGUUGAGUUUAUCUGCUCAGGUUCCUUAAUAUGGGCUCUCUAAUACAAUUUUAGCCUCUUGUGCCCCUCCAUUUGAAACUGCUGCAAGGAGCGUGAGUUUUGUUCUCUUAUCUGAAUGAGGUUAUAGAUUACUUCGAAGCUGCAAAAUUGAGCCAGUGGAUUUUCAUUAUUUCCGCUGCUUACAUGUAAAUUAAAUUUUGGUACUGCGAGAAUGUGUAACAGCUGUUGUACUUUGUGUAAAACAAGAGGUGCAAACACAGUUGGGACUUGCAGCUAACGACAAUUAAGUGCUAUACGACUUAUUGAGCACAUUUGUCGUGUUCCUGUAGUUCAGAGCUUAGUUAAAAGUUAUUAUAUUGCUGCUUAA